AUGGAGCUUGGUGAAAAUUCUCGAACAUCAACAAGGAGGAACAAUUAUAGUCAAUAUUUAUCAACAAGAAAUAAUACCGGAUCUACUGUUUCGUUCAAUGGUUCAACCGCAACAAUAUCUCAACCGGUUGCACCAGCAGAAUUAUUGCGUGCUGUUGUUAUAAAUCGCCCAACUGCACAAAUGAUCGAAACCUUUCGGUUCUCAAAACCAAGGGUCGAAAUGACUGAACAAGAAGUAAUUGAUUUUGUUAUGAAGUAUAGUAUUUUAUCCAGUUCCAUGAAUCUAUUAGUUCUUUGUAAGAUAACUAGAAGUAAAGAGGGAUUCGGAAAACUUUAUCCACAAUAUGAGCUUUACAUUGAGGAACCGAUUGAGAAUGAUGAACCUAGAAGAACAUUUCUUCUUGCAGCAAGAAAGAAGAAAAAUAGUAAAAAUUCACAUUAUGUUAUUACAACUGCACGACUUGACUCCGCUGUUUCAUCGAAAAAAAUCGUUGGGAAAGUCAGAUCAAAUUUUUUGGGUACAGCUUUUGUUAUGUAUUCAAACGGACGAAGUCCGUUUAAACGUGAACCAGAAUUAGCAGAUAUGCAAAUUAGAGAAGAAUUAGGUGCCGUAGUUUACGAUCCAAAUAUUCUUGGAUUUAAAGGUCCACGUAAAAUGACUGUAUUAUUAUUAGGCAUGACCAGAAAUGGAGAAAGACCAGAAUUUAGACCUACUACCGAAUCACAAACAUUGAUUGGAAAAUUUAGGAGCGGGGAUCAUCGAGAUAUAUUAAUCUUACAUAAUAAGUCACCGCAGUGGAACGAAGGUUUUGAUGUCUUUAAUAAAUCUGAAGAAAAUCAAUAG